AGAGCAGCAGCUUUCAUCAUCUUAUUGCAUCUUCCAGCUCCGGCGCCGAUAAUACUCCCAAUACUAGUACUAAGGAUUCCGGUCUCAAGUAGGGCACAACUAACUGCAUUGCUCGCUUCUCCUUGUCAAUCUUUCUUAAAUUCUCUGAAUUGCUCACAUCGCGCGGUAUACGUGCUAUUUGUGCUUGAGUUCAGUUAUUGGCCAGGAACACUAUGGUGGCGGCUGCUGCUGCUGCUGCUGCUACAUUGCUGCCAUCACACAUCUGGUCAUGUUCCCAUUACCAAAGCCCUAAGCUGAACCCCUCCUUCCCUCUCUGCCAUCGCUCCAAGCGUAGCCUCACUCUCACACUUGUCUCUUCUGCUCACACUCUCACUCCGCCAGAGCCACCGCCUAUCUCCACCUUCCCCCAGACCUUGCUUCGAUUUGCCGCAUCCGCUGCCCUUCUUCUUGGGCUUGGCCUCAGCUGCUGUGUUGCCUCGGCCCACUGUUCUCCUCUUCCUGUAGGCCAGCCUCCUCCAGCGCUACAUGAUCAAGCUACGGAUGAUAAUGGCAAUUUAGAAUCGGCAUUUGAAACUUGGAAGUCCAAGACAUACGCUUUGACUGUCCCCUUGACAGUAGCUGCUCUACGUGGCUCUGUACCUCCUUCAUGGAUCAAGGAUUUUAUGCAGUCUCAAGGGAAAAGAUCAAAGCUUCAACUCAAGUCUCAUGCAAGUCUCGAGGGCGUGUUUUCGGAGCUCUCAAUAGCCUUUAGCAAAGGCAAUGUUCGGCCGUCAUCUGUUGCGGCUGCUGAUGUAGUUAGUAUUGGGGACUCUUGGCUCGGUCAUGCCAUUAACAAGGGUCUAAUUGAGCCAAUUCAGGGGGUAGAAGACCAGGAUUGGUAUAAAGGAUUGAGUGACAGAUGGAAAGUAUAUUUACGCAGGAACUCUGAGGGGAGAAUUGACCCUGAUGGUAAAAUAUGGGCUGCUCCAUAUCGGUGGGGCUGCAUUGUGAUAGCAUACAAAAAAACCAAAUUUAGAAAGCAUAAUGUGGCUCCUAUAACGGACUGGGCAGAUUUAUGGCGACCUGAACUUUCAGGGAGGAUUUCAAUGAUUGAUUCUCCUAGAGAGGUUAUCGGUGCUGUCCUGAAGCAUAUGGGAACAUCCUACAACACACAAGACAUCCAUUUGCAAGUUGACGGUGGGAGAGAUGCUGUAAGGCAAAAUCUGGCUUCACUUGGAAAACAGGUCCGACUAUUUGACAGUGCACACUAUUUGAAAGCAUUUGCUGUCGGAGAUGUGUGGGUAGCUGUUGGGUGGAGCAGUGAUGUUCUUCCUGUUGCCAAACGCGUGUCUGAUGUUGCAGUAAUUGUUCCGAAAUCUGGAACUAGUAUAUGGGCUGAUAUGUGGGCUACCCCUGCUGUCUCUCGACUUGAAACAAAUCAAAUAGGGGGGCGAGUUAGAGGGCCAUCUCCACUCAUUCAUCAGUGGAUAGACUUCUGCUUGCAAACUGCUAGAGCAAUCCCUUUUAAGCAGGAAGUAAUCCCAGGUGCCUCCCCCUCUGCACUUGAUAGUGCUCCAGCUGUAGUUUCAGAAGAGUUAACCAAGGGUAAGCCAAGACUGGACACAAACCUCAUCGCCGGAGUACCGCCGCCUGAGAUUUUGGCAAGAUGUGAAUUUUUGGAGCCGUUAUCUGACUCCACACUAUCAGAUUAUCAGUGGCUAAUAGAUAGUAUGCAGAAAUCAAAACAUGGUUUGGUCCCUAGUAUAAAUUUUAAUAUAUCAUCAUUGAUUCAAAAUCUGUGGUUGAAGCUGCAUGCAAUACUAUGAAUAAGAGCAAAGAGCUUGAAGCAAGUUUAGAAGUGGCCUUUUAAGAGAUUUAAUCGCGCUGUAUUAUACCAUGCCACCAUGGGAACAGAACACCCUGAAGAUUUCUGCACAGGAUUAUCUGCAACUAGAGGAAACUUGGGGCAUGUAUACUUGGACAGAUUGUUGAUCUUAAGAUUAUGAUCUAAACGAUGAGCGUGGUUCCACAAUGGAUGAAACUGUUCUUUCUAG